GUCUGGCCCGUCUACCUCUUUUCGUACAUGCGUAUCCGAACGAUAUUGUUCGAUUCAGAAGAUUAUUAAGGAUUCCGACGCCAGCCGCCCUCCUUCGAUCCAUCCAUCCCACUCAUCCAGCAAGCUACAACAACGCAAAAGCCAAACCAGUCAUACAUACCUUACCGUACGGAUACUUUGUGUACCGACUCGACUCGACGACUCGACGUAUCGACCCCAUUCUUUUUUCUCACCGAUCCGUUUUACUACGCAAACCACACCAGUCCCUCAGGUGCAGGAACAGGAGUAGGGACCAGGAGCAGCAAUACGGACAGGCCUAGUAACAGCAAGCUGUAUCCGUACUGCGUGUGCUGUGCGUGACGUGCCCCUAGGUACAUCGCACACCCCCCCCUCCCCCCUUCCUUCCAUUAUUCCUUCCUUUCUUCCAUCUCCCCCCCGGUCUCACUAAAAGGAUCGUCUCCGUGGUUGACAUUUUUAUAACACCUGCCGAACCCCGUCCGUCCGUCCCUGUCUACGCUCCGCUUGCUGCGUCACAGCUUCUUUUCCCUUCACCUUUCCCCCUUGCUCUUUCCCAUACAACGCACACACAACACUCGAUCCUCGACCCUCACUCGACCCUUUGCACGCCAACGCCAACGCCAGCGCCAACGCGCCAACUCGCAACCCCAACGCCAAAAAGCCAAGGGCCGACCUUACACCACCACCUUGCUCCCUCCUCUCACCUUGACUUCCUUCUCCAUACAUAUUCAUACCCUUCCUCUGCCUCUGCAGCACCGACAAAAUUCAAGUCAACCGUGCUUUCUUUUUUCUUCUUCAUUUUUGUCCCAUUCCUCCAUUUCCUUGCGACGGGCAACGUUCCCAUCUUCAAUCCCCAGAAAAGGAACUCCCCUACGCCUACCGACAGCCGUUCUUGAGAUACCCAUUGCUCCCACUCUCUACAGUAAGUCGAAGCUUCUUGUCUUUUUUUUCUUUUUCUUUCUUUCAACUAUCCCUAUCCUCCUCCUGCAUUCGCAUAACAGUACGCCAUCCCUUGUCGUCUACUCCUCGUCAUUGCGCUUCAAGGCAAAUUUCGAGUCCCAGACCGAAGCUUUCCUUUCACUCUCUGUAAAUCCACCACAUGUUGUUUUAUUUUCGGCUUUACCUUGCUUCCGCUCGCUAGUCAACGGAAAGUCUUUUGUCACCGCGUCUUCCAUUCUUGUGGCUGUGUCCGCAGGCUUGUUGGCCGGUUGCUGCACAAACGAUACGUACCCUGCACAUACACCUGCCGCGCCUCCUGGCUGUGGCUGCCCUGGCUUCUCAUGCCAGGUGCUGCUGCUUCAACAAUUUUUCCCGCGCUUUUCCUCAUUGACCCACUUUUCCUUCCCUAACCCUGCCGGACCGUCUGCACCCCCGAUCAAGGUUUCUUGGCCCCUGUUACCUCAUCUCUCGUCCGAGACCUCCUACACGCGAACUUUGACAAACACCCACCCAUCUCUCUCGAUACAACUGGUUGAGCCCUCGGUCCGGAGGCACCAGUCUUUUUUUUUCCCUUCCUCUUUACUCAUCCUUUGGCUUUCGCACAUGCUCUGCUGUGCAUGCCACAUCAACCUUUUCUCUCGACUGUCUACGGUUAGGUGCCGACGAGAUCACUAACUAGUGGCGCGUCAUCUAGGUCAUAUUGACUGAGCCGCCCUCUAUACCUUGACUAUCCCUCUCAUUCUCCUUUUCCGUCACACGUCGGCUCAAUCACGCAUAUCCGAAAGAAAGGCAUCCUCAUCCUUUCCUCAAAGACGACUAGCGAUCAGCACACACCUUGACCCCGCGACUUCCCGGCGUAUACGUGGUGGGCUGUGCCUUCGAGAGACAAAUUUUUCUAUUGCGCCACGUCACGAUACUGAGUUGUGACGACGCUGGAGAUCGCUAUAUAUUCCGGAUCACCAAAAGUCCAACCGACCAAACGAGCGUCCCGGUUAGAAAUCCGAUUGAUUAUCACAUCGUCAACUCUUCAGUACGGUCGAGGCGAAGCUCAAGUCUAGUCUUCGAGAACGAGCAACAUACUGGUCUGUGAUCGGUCUGUCCCGGAUUCCAUCCAUCAUCCGCACAAGGUAAGCCUGCGAGCGAAACCCGUCAGUCUGAUUCAAAUAGCCCGCCGCCAGGUGCUCCUGGCACACCUAGUCAUGCCACAGUCCAUCCCAGGCUACCCCCGCCCUGGAGAACUCUACACAACCCUGCCCGUGGACGCUGCUCAAACGCUCCCACUCGUGGCGAUGUGCUGCCCCCCCAAAAACGUCGCCCUCACACACCUCCCUUAUUCAGAGCCUUCGCCCCUCGGAAGAUGACCACGCUAACAACCUCUCAGACAGUGCAGUCUUUAUAAACUCAAAGUCACCUUCGCCUGACGCGGAGAGUCGUCCGAAAACAUAUCUCAAGCUGGCUAUCCACGCAGGGAUCCCGACUAUUGCUAGCGAUUUUCUUCGCCGUAAUAUGAGGUCGCCUAUUCCAGGCGAGGUAAUGGACAUUGGCAACUUGAUGAAUCAAAGAGGUGCCGCCGCUAUGCAACACAUUCACAACGGAACUACUCCCGAACGUCAAAUGCAUCAACUCCCCCAACUCACCGCGAGAAACAUGCCCGAACCACCGAUGGACCGUGCCGGUUCUCCCCACGGCUCCGAAUACUCUCAACACUCCCGUCACACAAUGGAAGGCGUCCCGCGUUCCUACCCUUCACCCAGUGCCAUGGUCGGCGCUCCGAUGCAGAUGCAGAUGCCUGUCUCCCACAUGGGACCUGGCCCUGUAAUCCUGCCCGGAAUCCCUCAGCAUGAUAUGUCUCAGGGCAUGCCCCAAUACAAGGCACCCGAGCAGCAGGCACCUCAGCAGCCCACCAAGGCCUAUCCGUGCAGCACAUGUGGCAAGGGCUUUGCUCGCCGAAGUGAUCUUGCCCGUCACGAACGUAUCCACAGCGGAAUCCGCCCUCACGUUUGCGACUUCCCCAACUGCGGAAAGCAGUUCAUCCAGCGAUCUGCUCUCACUGUCCAUCAGCGAGUCCACACCGGAGAGAAGCCUCACAUGUGUGAGCGCUGUGGCAAGCCUUUCAGCGACAGCAGCUCUCUGGCACGCCAUCGUCGUAUCCACUCUGGCAAGCGUCCGUACAAGUGCCCGUACGCCGAUUGUCAGAAGACGUUCACUCGCCGUACUACCUUGACCAGACAUCAAAAUCACCACACUGGUACCGUAGAGGAGGCCGCUGCGGCUACAGCUGCUGCUCUGGCGGCUCGUGGAGCCACUGGCAAGCCAAACACGACUCGUUCUGACGGAGAUGCCAUGUCCAACCGUGGAUCGCCUCUUACCACACCUUCGCCUGGCCAGCGCACCCUCUCGAUGUCCCCUAGUGCCGACAGCAUGCACCGUGCCAACUCCGAAUUCCAGUACAUGGGCAACAGCUCACUUCCGGUUCACCUUCAGCGAGACAUGCAUGUUGGCAGCCCGGCAUCGACAUCUUCUGGAGGUUACAACACUGGUAUGCGACCUACCUCGCACCCCACCAGCUACGGACCGCCUCCGACACUCGAGCCCAGCGUCGAGCAGCACUCUGGCCCCGGCAGUGCUGGCGGUAGCCCUCACAUGGGCUCCGUCGGAUGGCAGUCUCCAUCGCACGUGCCGUCGCCCUCGCACAGCAGCAACGGUGGUGGCUACACCUACCCCGAUCCCGAUGCCUACCCCUCUGCGCCUUCGCUUGGUGGUCAGAUGUUUUACGGCAACCCAGCUCAGGUCCGCCGCCCUCAGAGCACCGAGCCCCCCGCUGGCGCCUACGAUAUUAAGGGCCGUCAAGGCGAGCUGUGGGCAGGUGCUCAUUAGGGACGGCACAUGUAACACUAUCGCCAGCAGUCACUCCUAGAGCCCUUUGGGAUUACCAGGAAUGCAGAUGGCCGGAAAGAUUUCCUUGGUGUGGAUUCAUCUUCUUCUUUUUGCGGUACGAAAAGUUUGUGCAUGGCAAGGGUGGGGAUGGUAAAUAACAUACAACUUUAAUAUUGCGGGCUGCACCGGGACAAGGUCAGGAAGAUACCAAGGGACGGGCAGUCAUCCGGUUCGUUUUACAACCGCCUUUUCUUUUGUUAUCAUAGACUGGCGGGAAGCACACACACUUCAUGAUGGCUGGGUCUCCAUGGGCAUUGGCUGGAGGCAAAAAAGGUUGGGAGGAGUUCCCAGACAGGACACGGCGUGCGCUUGAGCAGCACGCCGACGGAUUUGGUGGAGACUCGCUCGAGAAAGGAACGUGCCUCUUUUUUUUUUCUGAUAUGCAAUGUUUUGUAUGCAACACUGUACUCUGUACUAGACAAUGAAUGCGCG